AUGGAGGAUUUGGAAUUAGAGAUGCUGGCAGACGUGGAUGUGAAGUUAAACGAGCAGAAAACGAUAAACAAAGACCUUCAAAAGGAAAAAGACAGCCUAAUGGAACAGCACAACACGAAAGUAAAAAAUGUGAAUGAGGCUCAAGUGGCUGAGAGAGUUGCCAAGGAUGCUGAAAUCCAAGACCUCAAACAGCAAAACCACAGUCUAGAGGAUUAUAUUGAGGGACUUGGCCAAGACUUGGACUUUAAAAACAAAGGCAGGACACUUUCAGAAGUUUGUGAGUGUCAGCAGAGAAGAAAGGUGACUGAGCUCAAGUCAAAUGUUGAGAAGGCCUUGCGGUUUGCCAAAACAUUUGGAUUGGAUUUACAAUCCGCCAUUUUCAAGGAUAGCAUGGUGCAAAUCACAACUUGACUUAUUCUGAAAAAGUUAGAAAAUCUUAUAAAGACUUCGCUGAAGCGGAUCAGCAGAAAGCCAGAUAUGUUUUAUUUAUCCUCGAUAAAUUCUGCAUUGGUGAUCAAGCGUACCAUGAGCUAUCCAUGCUCCCUGGGAAUGAGGAGUUGCCAGGUUCCUAUCUCAUCAAGCAGUGCAAAGAUGAUAUAAACAAGCUAUGCGAUAUUACUCGAACCCCUGAACCAGUAGAAGGAGCACAGCUUGAUUUUCUGAAAGAACUGGAGUCAGUUAUUCAAAACCAG